GCGAAGGGUUCAUACCCGGAGAGGUCGUUAGUUACCGGCUGCGGGUUUUCCCUCUCGAAACCUGAAGAUAAUAGUCAUAACUUAGCAUCGACAGGACUAUCGACGCAUCUGCUCUCGAUUGGACCUGGCCAUUCGGGUCAUCGCUUGACUUAAUUCUGAGGACAUUUUCAACUCAGCCAUGCUGAAACCGCAGGCGGGUCCCGGGGGGCGUAAACCCCCUAACGGGACCUCUGGUUCAGUCAGUAUGUCUUCCACGUCCACUGGCAUCAACACUACCAGCAGACCACCCGUUGGGAGAAAUCGGUCCGUGAAGCCUCCGUUCCACAGUUCACCAAUGUUCGAGGGGGUCUACAACAACGCCCGCAUGACCCACUUCCUCACUGCCGUCGUGGGCUCCACGUGUGAUGUCAAAGUGAAAAAUGGCAGUGUGUAUGAGGGCAUCUUCAAGACCCUUAGCUCAAGGUGUGAACUGGCCGUGGAUGCGGUCCACAGGCGGUGUGAGGAGAAUGGUUCUCCUGCUCCUCCCAGAAGAGAGGAGAUUACAGACACCAUGAUCUUCAGCCCAGCAGACGUUGUCACCAUGACCUGCCGUGACGUGGACCUCAACUAUGCCACUAGAGAUCCCUUCACAGAUGUAUCUAUCAGCAUUGGCCGUCUGAAUGGGGAACAUAAAGAGAAGGUUCUGCAGAGGUGGGACGGCGGGGACAGUAACGGCGAGAGCUUUGAGCUGGAGGCAGAUGCGUCGAACGGCUGGGAUGCCAAUGAGAUGUUUCGCCUCAAUGAGGAAAUCUAUGGAGUCAAAUCGACCUACGACUCCAGUCUGACCCUGUACACAGUUGCUCUGGAGCGCAGCAGCUCAGAGGGCUAUAAGCAGCGUGAGGCACGGGCCGCGCGGCUGGCCAACGAGAUCGAGGCCAGUGUGCAGUACCGCCAGCGGGUGGCGCUGGAGAACGAUGAGGGGCGGAGCGAGGAGGAGAAGUACAGCGCAGUGGUGCGGGACGGAGGCGAGAAAGAGAGGGGUCGGGACAGUCCCAGCAGCACUAGCAGAGAGGGGCGGUACAUCCCCUUACCUCAGAGGGUGAGGGAUAUGGGCAUGCCAGGUGGAAGUGGUCGGAGCGAUCGCGACAGAGACCGAGGUGGGCGUGUGGGCGGAGCCUACAACCCCAACCGCUCCACGCCCCCGAGCUCAUCGCUGCGGCCACCCUUGCCGGCAGCGGCCCUGCCCUCUCUCUCCGCAGAGCGCGCUGGUUCACUGGGCAGCAGGGCGGGUUACUCCUCCAACACACCCCCCUCCCGGUCCAGUGAAGCCUCAACCCUUGACUCUCCCAGCAGCUCCACUACACCCCCCGCACACACUCCCCCACACACACACCCCAUGGCAUCCCACUCACACUCGCUGCCACACGCCCUCUCCGACACAACAAGGCCCGUCAAUGGAGUUACUUCCAGAACGUCUCCCAAGGCAGGGCGCCCCCUGCAGGCCACCAGACAGACUCGCAGUUCCGCUGGCCACACCCCUACAUCAGCCACUCGUUCUCCCAAAUCGGAUGGCCCCUCCCACGACUCCUGUUCCCCUGCCGCUGCCCACAGUGAUGCUGUGUCCCCUUCCGUGGCGAAACUGAAGCCUUCAUGCCCUGCCCCCCUCUUUCCAGUAGAUGUGAAUGAGAUUCUAAGCUCAACAGGCAAAGACAAACACAUCGAGGGUCCUUGCAGUUCAGAGGAGGCCAAGAGCAAAGUCCCCUCGGCACAGCAGAGGUCACAGAUUGAGGAACUGCGCAAAUUUGGGAAAGAGUUUCGGUUGCAGCCCAGUCCCAGCACACCCUGUUCUGCUCUGCCCCCUGCAGCAGACCCUACCAGUGCCACCUCAUCUGGGUCCUCCAAACCCACCCUUGACACUGCAAGCCCCACCCCUGAGCUCAAACCCAGCCCCUCCCCCAAUCAGACACCCAGCCCACAGCCGGAGCCUCCCACCCCUUCAUCGCCUGUUAAGGAGAAGGAGGGACAAGCCCCGCCUAUCAGCAGCCUGCAAAUUACAGACGGGCAGCCGGCAGGGACGCCCCAGCCAGCCAGGACCCCAGGAAUAGAGGAGUCCAGAACAGAAGGCGUGGAGGGCGUUGCUGAUCAAGUGAAGAAGUCCACGCUGAACCCCAAUGCAAAGGAGUUCAACCCCAACAAAGCCCCCGUGACACUGACAAAGCCCUCCACUGUUCCAACCCCACCCCGGCCAACUCCUCCGAGCCCGUCCCUGGUUCUACAGCCAGGACCAAGCGCCAUCUACAGUCAACCCUUCCUCGGCUACGUCCCCCAGAUCCACUCUAUGCAGACUCCAAUGUAUCAGUACACCAUGUCUACCGUGAACCAGGGUAAAUACACCAGGCCCCCUAAAGGCUCAGUGUUGCCCCACAGGCCGGACCAUAGCUCGUCAGCGCCCCCUAUGUUACAGGCAACAGCGCCAGGGCCCUCCCUUGUACCUUCGCCCUAUCCACAGCCCUACCUGCAGUACAGCCCUCAGCAGUACAGCCAACAGCAGGUGCUCCAGGCCAUGACCACUUACGCACAGCCCAUGUAUCCUGUUCUUCAGAGCAGUGCUCGUAUGCUGGGGCAAGGAGGGGCCCAUCCUGCACCACUGGGAGCCCCAGGUGGCCCUCAGUUCCCUGGACAACCGGACGGGCCACAGGGCCCACAACAAGGCUUAUAUGGUCCUCAGUCAUUCUCUCAUCAUUCCGGGUCUGUUCAUCCACCCCAGCCCUCCAGCACACCCACAGGCAACCAACCGCCCCCUCAACAUGCUGCACCCAGCCCUGGACAGACUCAGUCAGGUCCUCAGCCCCAGUCUCUCUACCACUCUGGGCCACUGUCUGCCCCAACCCCACCCACCCUGGCUCCAGGCCACACCUCCCCACAGGCAUCCUACGCCCUGCAGGGAUACGGCAUGCACCCUCCACAGGCCAUCCCGCACAGCUACCCAUCCCUGGGCCAGAUCACACAGGCUCAUGUUGCAGGUCCCAUGUCAGCUCCUCAUCACUCGGGCACCCACGGCCCUCCAAGGUCGUCAUGUUGCAUGCUCCACCCCCCCAGGCUGGUCCUGGCUCUGCCCCCCAGCACCCACAGCAUGGCCCCCAGCAGGGUCCCCCCCCACACUUCACCUAUAUUGGCCAUCCCACAGCUGUACAGGUUCCUCCUCAUGCGCCCCAACAGAUUCCGUUCCACCCUGCGGGAAACUGACAUCAUCCCUUAUGAACUGAGACAUCUAAAACCUGCGCUCCCUUUUGCAACACAGCUGAGGGAGACACACCCAUGGGACGGCUGUGGGGUCUCCAGACCAUAAUGCUGCGCCGUCCCUCUUCUUUUACUACCAUGCCAUCCACAGUCAGGAUAUGGAACUACAGCAGAGGUGCCCAACCCAAACCACGCCUGUCUGCCCCUUCCUCUGCUGUUCUGUACCCCCCAGAACCACAGGAAACGGCAGUGUUUUAGAGGACAACCAGAGAUUCAUUUGUACUUUCACAUGGAACACAUUGCAGAGACGUGGCUUUGCUUGAACAGUUCCAGACUUGAAUCAAGAGCAAAAUAACAAAGGAAAGACAAACUGGUCUGCCAUCGAUGAAGAGCAAAUGGACACCUUUAAUAAAGAAAAUUUGUGUUUUUAAUUUAAAAACAAAAGCUAGACUCUCCGCCCAUACCUAGCUUGUCCCUGCGUUCCCUGAAGAUGACCUCUGACCUGGGCUAGUAACAAAUGGAAAACAAAAAAAAGUUUAAAAAAAAAAAAGACAAAAAAAAUAAAGUUUUAAACUUCCCACUGUUUUAUGCAUUUUUGUUUGUCACUUGCAUUAAAAAGCUACAGCUUCUUUUUCCCCUAAUAGGGUCUAUAUCGAGUGCCAGUACUGAUCAUUGGGUUUGACCCUCUGCUGAUCUUCCAUGACCUUUUAAAGGGAUGGCAUACCCCAAAAGUUCAUAUUUUUGUAUUCAUCAUUAAGUAGUGUACCCCCCACAUUUUUUGAGAAGUGCCUACACUAUGUGUCUGAACAGUUAGAAACCAUAAUUUCUAUAUGUUGCAAUGCGCAAUAAUAAUAUUGUUGGGUAAUAUCCAGUGAAAUGCACCAGUAAUGAAGGAAACAGAGUGGCUGGCAUACUGGCAAGUCAACAGACAGAACAGUCUAUACAUGUGCACAGUGGGCUUAUACAACAUGUCCAAGUAAGAUAGAUGUGUCUAGGGAGAACAUUUAAGAUUUUGUUUUGGAAAUGAAGCACCAGGGGUGUUUGAUGGUUCAUGUCAAACAUCUGCUAAAUAUAAUUACAUCAUGUUUAUUGUUUCUACACAAAGUAUUGAAAAGGGGUGUACUCAUUUCUAUUGUAUAUCAUAUGCCAAAUGUAAAUUGGAUCAUUUUACAGUAAUCAUAUUGAUUCUAAACUGAAAAGUAGGAUAUUGGGUAAAAUAAAAAAGUUUAGAUUUACUGUAUUAAAAGUACAGGCCCCACAGCAGGAGCUCAGUGCAACAAAAUACACACUUCAUUACUGAGAUUCAGUACUUUGAAACUACUUUUAUUUUUUUAAAACUUUAUAUCUUUAUUUUUGAUGAGACUCGAUCCUCCUCAGCAUGGGGGAUACCAAGGCCGCACUCAUUUCUGUAGAGAUGUUCUGGUGUCCCUCAGAGACCUUUUUUUUUUUUUCAGCUGCUCUUUGGUGGUGGGGUUGUGUUGCUUUACCUCUCAUUUUAAAAUACCCCACAUGGGUUACAUUAGUUCCAGGUCAAGCAGCAUACUUGGUUAGGUUUUCUUCUUUAGAAAUGCUUGAGUGAAGUUGGCAUUGAGCUUUGAAUUAUCUGGAAUAUUCCUCUUCUGUCAAGGUUCUGACGAGUGGGAGUCAUCUGUCAUAUAGUAUUUUGGUGUAUCCACAGGCACUCAUGGUGCCAUCUAUAAAUGUCAUCUCCCCAACACCUUACACUCGUACAGCCCCAUAUCAUCACACUACCCCUCCUUGCCUCACUGUCGGGACUGUACGUUCACUGUGGUAGUCCUGGCCAUGUUUACACUAAACACGCUGGACUCCAUCUAAGCUGAACUCAUUUAUCCUGGUCUGAUCUGAUCAAAGAACAUGCUUCCGGUAUUCAACAGGCUUCUUACCAUGUUCAUGUUUCAUGCAAAGUUUAAUCUUGCAGUUUUGUGCCAAAGAGCAAGCAAUGUUUUUUUCUUAAAGGUUGUUCAUAGAGACUGACUUUGUGUAACGUUCUUCACGCUGUCUGAGCCAUCACAGACACAGUCACAGUGAUCUUCACUGAUAGUCCCUGUGCCAAGCACUUCCUCUGUUUUCCAGAGCCAAACUGCAAGUUAAUGCACUGUCCAUGGCAUCAUUUUACUAGAACAGCUUCUACAGUUUCGGUUAGUGGAACUAUGGUUUGUUUUGUACUUCCUGAAACUGUGUUUCAACUGAUUUUCAAUUGGUGACAGAUCUUCCUGUUUCACGAUCAGUUUUUUCAACACCUCUGGCAAUUAUUUUGCUUGUAGCGCUAUGGUGCAGCCAUGCAGAUAAACACAGCCCAUGGGUGCAAAACUGACAAUGUUCUGUUCAAAGGUCGUUUAAUUACCAUGUUUAUGCAGUUAGGCUAAUUGGAAAACACAGGUGUGUUCAAUUUUGCCUCAUUGGUCACAAGUUUUCUAAGUUGUGUGCCAGUGAUCACAAGUAUAUUAACUUUUUUGUUAGCUUGAGUUUCUACUUUGGGGCAUGUAUUUUCAAAAAAGUCUUUCUAAAGUUUUUUUUUUUUUUUUUUUCCUUCCAUUAUGUAUAAGAGAAUAAUAUUGCAUUUGGCAACUUAAUUAUUAAGAGGUUAUACAGUUUUAAAUCAUUUAACAUUUGUUAUUGCACAUUGGUGUACUCACUUAUGUUAUUUUCGGUUUAAAGAAUCAAAUCAAAUGAUGCACAUGCUACUAUUCUUUAUUGAAAAGGCACAAUUGUAGCCCUCUUUUAACUGUUAUGAUAGAACAAUUAAAAUGUUCUAAAUUGUAAGUGUUUCACCAUUUCAAUAUAAUGUAAAAGCUGCAUUUUCUAAUUAUGGUCUCAUAGGCUGGUGAGUGUAAAACCUGGAGAAUCUGAUGCAUUCUAAAUUUGUAUACAUUCACUAUAGAGAAUCGUGGACAUAGUCAUUAUCAGUAGUGUUGACCAGUGUUACUUUGGUGAAAUUUAGAACUGGAAAAUGAGAAGCUCAUGACAGAGGACAACAGAGUGCCAACAUUCUAAGGAUUACACUCAGCAAUUAAAAAGCAUGCCAAAGUGGCUGAAUGUCUAGAACUCCAUUUAAUUUCUCUGUAAACUGCUGUCCUCAGGUCUUUCCAUAGAUGUCCAGUAAGGUUUAAAUCCGGGCUUUGGCCAAGUCUUGAGCCUAAGCCACUGCAGUGUAGUUUUGGCUGCAUCUUUCCAUGUUUCCAGUCCUUUACUUGCUGUUUAGCAAACACCAAGCAGGCCAUCUAUAGCUUCAUUACUGAAUAGUGGCUUACAUUUGGCCCCUCUGCCAUAAAAGGCUGAUUUAUGGAGUGCUGCAGAGAUGGUUGUCCAUCUAAUAAGUUCUCACAUUUCUGCACAGGACUUUUGGAGCUGCUUAAGAGUGAUGGUUGUGCUCUUUCUCACCUCCAAAGUCCUGAUAGCCAAUUUGGCAAGUCAGCUAACUCUAGGUAGGUUCAAGGUUUUCCCAGACUUCCAUCCCAAAAUUAUUGAGGCCACCAGUGUCCUAGGCUCUUUUGAAGUCUUAGAUGUUUUAUAUCUCUGCCAUGGGCUAUGCUUAGCCAGUUUGAACGCAGAAAUCUGCACCCAUCCUUGGACUUCCUGGCUUGGUUUUUGUCCUAAUGUGGGCAACUAUAGACCACAUGUACCUUUCUAUGUCUGAAACAGGCGGACUUCAACCGAUUUAUACUUGUCUCAAGGAUAAAUAAUGCAAGCAGGAUGUAACUGACCACAAUUUGGAAUGCCAUAGAAAAGGGUCUGAAUACUUUGUAAUAAAUUUAUUUUAAUUUUA